UAGUUAAUAUUAAUAGUUAAAGCAUUGAAUGCAAACUUGAAGUUAUAUUACAUAAACAAAUCAAUUAAAUUGAGUAUAACUUAAAAGUCGAUAAUACAGUGAUUAUACUUGAAUUGAUUACAUUGAUAUCAAGUAAUUAGUGAUUGAAGAGACCAAACAAUGUUGAAUUUGGGCGAAACGUUUCCCAACUUUACUGCCCAAUCGACCGCCGGUACUAUCAAUUUGUACGACUAUUUGGCUGACAAAUGGGCGCUAUUAUUGUCUCAUCCGUCGGACUUUACUCCCGUCUGCACCACAGAAAUUGGUCGACUUUCGCAACUAAACAACGAGUUUGACAAACGAAAUGUCAAAGUUUUACUAAUCAGUUGUGAUUCAGUGGACGACCACAACAAAUGGGCUCAAGACGUCAGUCAUUAUUGUCAAUGUCAAGUGCCGUAUCCAAUAAUUGGUGACCAGAGCGGCACAAUAGCCAACAUGAUUGGGAUGUUAGAUAAGGGUUCCGAUAAGAUGAUUACAGUGCGGGCAGUGUUUGUCAUUAGUCCCGACAAAAGAGUCAAAGCCAUAAUCAGUUACCCGGCGUCGACGGGACGUAAUAUGAAUGAAAUCUUACGUCUCAUCGAUUCACUGCAAUUGACUGCAAAACGAACGGAUGUCGUGACUCCGGUUGACUGGAAAGUUGGCGGCGAUCUCAUUGUCAAACCCGGCGCUAACAUUGAAGGACAACGCGUGGUUGACUUGCCGUCGGGAAAGGAUUAUUUGAAAUUUGUUAACAAUUAAUAUAUUACGUCAAUCGUUAUCUAUUUUUAAACAGAUAAUAAUAAAACGAUAAAAAUUUUGUA